UGGCUGGGGCCUAAUAACUCACUAGCUUUGACUAAUUUUUAUUUAAAAAUAAACGCCAAUAAGUGCGCUUAAAGAGAAAUUCAAACUAUUCGAUUAUACUUCAACGCAAAGUAUAACGCACAAGAAAGCUGUAACUGAGAGCUUGCAGAGCUGGAAAUGGUGGCUCCUCUUUGUACGGGACAUUUUCCACUGAAUGCCAGUUUUGAGGAAUUAGAACAACAACAGCAACACAAUAAAAAUGUUGUUUUCGUGGAUUUUGCGGCCAAAAGGCCUCUCAAAUCAAAGGCUUUGUCUGCCUUGCGCUAUUUUCUCCGAGACGAGCAAGGUUUUGGAAAAAUUGUCUGUCAACGAAAUUUCGAAGGUUUCUCUUUCGUCGAGGCAGCAUAUACAGUAUUCCGGUGCUCAAGAGUGGAACGGCAGCUGGUUAAGAUGGAUAUUUUAUCAUCCUUUCUCUCUAUGUUGAUUCAUUCUGCCAAAGAAGCUGUCAAGUAUGCUCAGGCUUGUGAUCCGAACAUAGAAAACAUAGAAAUUGCUCAAAAUAAUGUUCGCCUCUGCACUUUCUUCCUUGGGCACAGCUUGUGUAUUAUAGAAGAUAUGCAGGUACAUGCUCCUGGAAAGGAAAGGAAAACUAUAGCGCCAAAAUAUGAAACUUUCAAUGACGCGGAAUACCUUGAGUUGAAGUCCUCUACGCUUUCUCUAUUCUGCAACAUAUUAAAAAUUUCAAAGCAAGCUGUUGGUUCCCCGAAUGUCAAAGCCGCCGGUGAAAUUAUACGAAAUGCAGCAGUUUCGUGUCUUAUUCAUCAAAAAUGGGGAGAUCGGGGAACACUGGCAAGAGCAACACUAGAAGUGCUUAAAAAAGCAAUCCUCGGCAUAUUGAGCGAUUCAUUUUCCAGCGAUCCAAGCUUGGCAUCUGAAGUUCCCCAAGAAACAUUUUCAUCAUUGAUGAGCUUGUGUGUCAAACACAAGCACUUGAUUCCAUUCAUGGCAGACUUCAUGGAACAUUUGAUGACUCGUGAUGAACUUGCUGGUAUUUCAUUUAUGGCGCAGGUUGUGAAGAAGGCUACUGAAAAGGAUGCUGAUGCUGAAAAAACCAGUUGCUUGCAGGAUGAAAUCGAGUCAGCAAUGUCCCUUCUAGCUGAUUUUGCUACCAGACAUGAUGCCCUUGUUUUGGUGAGCCUUCAUCUAGGUUCCCUCUUGAUGACCCUACGUAAUGAGCGAGCAGCGAUUCGGAAAUGCUUCUCUGUUAUUUCUGGAUGUUGUCUUAAAAAGUUUGAUGUUCUCUCUCCUGCUGAUCAGCAUACCUUGGAACAAAUCCAUGAUGUCCUUUCCAGGGACCGGGAUGCCACAUGCAGAUUACGAGCCUUAACAAAUCUUGGAAAUGAUCUCAAGUGGGUACAAUACAGCGAUGAUAGAACCAUUUCCUUGUUCAUUUCGGUGAUCUCAAAGAGAGUGCCAGACAAAAGCAAGAUAGUGAGACUAAAAGCAAUUCAAAUUUUAGAAGCUAUAUUUUCAUUUAAAACAUUGACUCGCUCCUCGACACCUAAUAGUCCACCACAUUCGAUUAUUGCUGGGGCGCCUGCCAUGUUCGUAAAAUUUUCAAAAUUCUUGGCUGUUUCAUCAGAUUCAAGCUAUUUUUGUAAAGAUACCCUAGAAGCUUUAGGACAUCUUCUCUGUUGCCCAAUCUUGAAAGGGCCUAUUAUGUUUGAACUUUUAGACAGCCUACUUAACUUUUCCUUCAGUUCUUCAAAUCUGCCAGUAAUCUUUGACAUCUUCAACUUUUAUUUGGAUGGAUGUGAAAUGUGGAUGAAUUUUCUUAUUAACAGAGAUGAAACGUCAAUAAUGAAGCUACAAAAUUUAUUGACGAUGGCUGCUGAUAGAAUAAAAUCCGAAAUCAGUAAUUAUCAGAAGAUAGUUGAGAAAACAUUUGACGCACUUGAAAACCAUCGUGCUCUUAAUUUGGGCAAUGCAGUAGUAAGGGCUUCUUGUGCAGUUAUAGCUAUUUUAGCAUCCAUUGGUUGUUUUACUUUAUCAGAUGUUGAAAAGAAGGGACGGUGUCUCAUAGAGAUUCUUGCCGAGUGUGUGAAGCAAGAAACAAAUGUUGAUCUCACAGCAGAGGCAGUUAUUAGGAAACAAAUAAUUAACUGGGCAUUCAAGAUCUUGGCCAUGCUCCUUAAAACUGGAAACAAGAUCAUUGAAAAAGAAGUGAAGAGAUUUAUAGAGAGUAAUUUUUUAUAUUUACUGGAGAAUAGGAUAGACGGAUACUUAGAUUGCCUCUAUUGCCUUUCAAAUCCAUUUGAGGUUGUCAAGAAGAUUCUCUGUAUAUAUGAAGACCAAUAUCAAGUACUGGAUACAAAGCAGCCGCUGAAAGUACUUUAUAUGUACAUCACUUUUCUUGGAGAUAUCUCCCGAACUUAUGACAAAGCUUGUGAUUCUUUCAUCAAAUGUCUCCGAAAUGUAGAAAUGGAUCUUAGCAAGCCCAUAACCUUUGGAAACACCAGCUCUCAAUUUGAUUAUUUACAGCAGGAGGAACUAAGGGCAAUGGAAGAAGAUGCUAUUGCCCGUUUUGCUCAGAUGCUUUUGGAUGGAGACUCUGUCCCAGGCUGUUAUGUUCCUUUCCUGAGAGCGCUUGUGCAUGGAGAAAAUCUUCCAACAGUCUUAAGAGUAGCAGCUACACGGAGCCUGGGUCAAUACAUGCUAGCAAGUUGCCACUUAGCAAAAGACCACAAGGAUGUACUAGAGUUCCUUUUUCAUUCAGAAAUACCUGAACUCAAGAUCACUGCUCUAAGCUUAGCAGAAAAGCUUAUCAUCACAUUUCCCAACGAUUUUUUAUUUGCAGUCAAUUUUAUUGAGUCAUGCUUAAAGGAUGAGACAGUAAAAGAGAUGGCAUAUCGUGCAUAUGCACAUUUAUUGUUGGUAGAUAAGUUCAAGCCUGAUCUGCUCUUAACCCCUAUCUGUGAUGGCCUGUGUGAAGCAAACGAGAAUGUGAGAACCAUUGUUAUUUUUCUUCUGAAGAAAUUGUUGAAGGAUUCUGGUCGGUCAAAGAUUAAAUCAGUUUUGCAUCUCUAUAACAACACUGCAAAAGUAGAGAGCCGCCAGAGACUCGUUGAAGUACUGGUUAUGGAGUUGCUUGAUAAUGAAGAUCUUCAAAGUGAUGAGCUGGCAACUUCCAUUCUACACCUACUAGCAAAGGGAAGAAACGAUGCAGCCUUUUUUGCAAGCUUUCUGCAUCCUUCACCAAAGGUACUCAACAUCAUGCUCUCUUACCUCAAAUCAAGUCCCCCAAAAAUUUACAUUCAAGGUGAUAACGAAGCAGAGAAAUAUCUAAUUAAAUUUGUCAGCAACUAUAAACGUCUAGAAGCCACUUCUUCUGUAAAGGAUUUAGUAGCUAGUUUGCUAGAUCUUCUUGAAAGCAAGCCUAGGAGGAAGAGAAAAGGUCCUGUUGAAAAUACAGACGUAGAAGUAGCUUCAAAAAUGUCUCUGGAGGAGUAUGAAAAGGCAAUAGAAAGCUUUAAGAACUGUCAAGUUACUAGCAGUCUAAGGGAUAUCGUAAGGAUGGACAUCUGAAAUUGGUGAUUGAUGUGACAUAAAAAAAGACACGCUUGGUGACCAGUUUACUGGUUUAUUUCAACAAAGGUCAUGGACUCUUACUAGAGUAAUAACUAUAAUGUGAGAUUUAUCAUUUCAUGAAGGAUUGCUUCUGCUCUUGAUCUUUUGAUUUGAAAAUGUCCCUCCACAGAACUAAAAAAUGUUUCGUUAUAUCUCACAGAAUUUGAACAAAAUGCAAUCCCAGAGAGAGGUCUCGAAAAUGUACACCUUUUGUGUUUCACAAGAACUACACUUCGAUUUCAAUCAAGGCUAUGUCAGAGAUUAUAGGCACUCACUGUCCAUAAAUUAUAAUUACAGAAAUGAGAAUCGUGUGAAAAGUGAAAAACUGUAGCAAUUCCAUCAGAUUGAAAACACAUUGUUUAAGAGUGUUCAAAACUUCAAACAAAUCAGAGAGAUUAUUGUACGAGACUAUAAAAACAAGAGUGGCAUUGCAGCGUAAUUCCUGUCAAAUGCUGGUAGGUUGGUUUUGAAAAACAGGGUAUGGACAUCCAUUAAAGCAUAAUGUAACAGGAUUUCUGAUGCAGCGAGGUGUUAUAAAACAACGCUGAUUGUAAAACUGCACACGGAAGGUGUACAAAGCAGGAACACAAUUUUUUUGUUUUAACUUUAAGGAACAUUUAUGAAUAAUAUCGUACAAGAUGCGGC